CCGUCAAAGCCAAAGAUGAGUGGUGAUACUGAUGGAAAUAAGGAGUUCCAUGAGCAGCUCCGGUUGCAGCAGCUGUAUGGCCAGAGACAGGGGGACGGAGCUGACCCUAACACCUUCGUGGACCCAGAGGAUGGGACAGUGUAUGACUGGGACCAUGACAAGAAAGCAUGGUUUCCUAAAAUAACAGAGGACUUCCUUGCUGCGUAUCAAGCUAACUACGGCUUCACAAAGGAUGGGCAGCAUGAUCCAAAUGCUGCGUGUGCACCUGACACGGACACAACAGCCAAGCCAGAGGAGGGGAAGAAAACCGAGAAGCGCACUGACACGGAACAGCCGAAAGAUGGCAAAAAGGAGAAAGGAGAGAAAAGGAAGGCUGAUACUGCAGCCUGGUUUGAUGUGGAAACCGACAAGAAUACCAAUGUGUACGUGUCAGGUCUUCCACCGGACAUCACCACGGAGGAGUUUGUUGAGGUCAUGUCUAAGUGUGGCAUUGUUAUGAGGGACCCCAUCUCCGAGGAGUACAAAGUCAAACUCUACAGGGACGGCCAGGGGAACCAGAAAGGCGACGGACUCUGCUGUUACUUAAAGAAGGAGUCUGUGGCCCUGGCUGAGCGACUGAUUGACGAGUCAGAGAUCAGGGGGUAUCAGCUCCACGUGGAGGCUGCCAGGUUCGAGCUCAAGGGCCAGUACGACGCCAGUAAGAAGAAGAAGAAGAGCAAGGAUUACCGCAAGAGGAUGAAGGCACAGCAGAAGCAGCUGGACUGGAGGCCAGAGAAGAAAGGGGAGGCGCGCAAGAGGCAUGAACGUGUGCUCAUCAUCCAGAACAUGUUCCACCCCAGUGACUUUGAGGAAUUUGUGUAAUGAACUAAAUGAUCUUGGUCUUGAUUUGAAUACGCUGGGAAUGGAUACGCAGUUAGGGACCAAGCUUCGGAGAGGUCUGAAACUGAAAGGAUUUACAUCCAUGUUUCUCAUUGUCUCUCUUGAAUAUAGCAGUGAACUCGAUUUCAACCGUAAAAGCUAAAACUCCAUCCUGUCCUGUCAUGAUUUGUUUUGAGAUGGAAAAUAAACGUAACGUUACCAGUGGC